CGCACUGAGUCGCCCGGCCCGGCCGCCCUCGGAGCCCAGCGCCGCCGCCAUGUCCUCCGGCGCCAGCGCGAGCGCCCUGCAGCGCCUGGUGGAGCAGCUCAAGCUGGAGGCCGGCGUGGAGCGCAUCAAGGUUUCUCAGGCGGCUGCAGAGCUGCAGCAGUACUGCAUGCAGAACGCCUGCAAGGACGCCCUGCUGGUUGGCGUUCCAGCUGGAAGCAACCCCUUCCGGGAGCCCAGAUCCUGUGCUUUACUCUGAAGACUCUAGGGAAGAAGUUCUCUGAGGAAUGCCUUCAAGUACAAAGUGAUGAAUGACUGCCUCCAAGUCUCAAGAAAACACUUUUCCCUAGCCAAAUGACUUUUAAAUAUUUUAGUCCUUUCCUAUAGCCAAAAUUCUACAGGAAUUGAUGAGUUUCUCUAAAAUAAGGAAACUGAGUUAAGGAGUAGAGUUUUAAAUAAUAAUGGGUUGGUUUUUUUUUUUUUGGUGAAGUGCUUUAUACUUAAGACAAAAACCUUACCAUGAAAUAUACCAAAAUGCAUGUCUUUCAUAAGUGAAUUUCUGGUGUUUCUAUACCUGGAAUAUCAUGUAUAUUUUAUUUACUGGAUGUUUACAUUUUAGGAAGGAAAACAUUUUCAUUUGUUAAAAAAAUUGAAUAUUUGUAAUUGUUUUUCUGACAAAGAUUUUUAUAUCAUAACAAAAUUUGUUCUUUUCUCAUGAAUUUAUAAUUUCUAAAUGAAAACAAACAAGUAAAAAUUGGGGUAGAAGAAUAGGCUUUACUAAUCAAAUGAUGUCUUGAUUUUUCUAAAUGAGAAGAUUGUUUUAUUUUUAACACUAAACAUGAGAGCUAUUUCUUAGCAAACCUGUCUGGAAAGAUUAAAGUUAUGUUGUGUUUUAGGUUGCCCCAUCAUGUAUAUGAAGGAGAAUCAGUCUUUGUAUUCUUAAUGUUCCUCUACUUUGUAGUUGUAUGUAAAAAAAAAAGAAUACUACAUUGUUUCAUGUCUUUAAAAACAUUUAAAAUGUGACCUACUGAACCUUGUAAAUGGUUAAAAACAACAUAAUGUGAAAAUAUUACAACCUAAAAGAAUUCAUAAUGUCAUAAGUGUUUUACUUUGAUGAUGUGCCUUUGAUUUAAUUGGAACACUUUUAGAGGGAUACAUUAUUUGUGCUAGUCAUAAUCUUUGAAGAGCUUGGAAAUAAAAUUUCUACUUAAUUCAUCACUUUCUAUGACAACA